AUGAGGGGCCCACCUGGAACCUUUCUUCGCGAGUGGCAAGGAAAGGGGUUCGGCCAAGGGACACCUGGCCUGCCUCCCGGGCCCUGUGCUUAUGCUACGGGGCGAGUGGACCAGGCAGGUGCGCGACCUGGUGCAGGGACUGCGCCGAUGAGCCCAAACGCUCCGUCUACUACUUCGACUCCGCUGCUUGGCACUUCUCCCCCGACCUUCACUGCUCAGAGUUCUGCGAAUGUAGACAUUGGAGCCGCAAGUUCUGGAAGCCAGGCAGCGGGUGCAGCAAGACCAAGUGUUGCUGGAUCUAUGGCAAAUGCUUUGGGCGCUGCCGGGGUACCCGGUGGUGCUGGGACAGGAGAAGACCCUCAAGGGGUCCAGAGUGCCUUCGAACUGCUAGGGCGAAAACCGCCCACUACGCAAGGUCAACUUGGCAUGGAGACGAGUGAUGCUAUAGUGAAAGCUUUGACCAUGGCUGUUUCUGGCGAGAGAAAGUUUAUUCCUUCGUGGGGUGGAGGAGCAUCCACACUGCGUGCUUGGCUAAAGCAGCUGAGUUUCUGGGAAUUGGACAACCACGUGCCUAAGAACCGUUGGGGUGUCAAGCUGUUUCAGGCCCUCCCGCAGAAUAGCAUUCCGCGUCGGAUCGCAGAAGGUCUGCCGAUGGAAGUCAUUACUUCAGAGCGUGGGUAUGGUGCUAUCCUGACGGCGAUCCUGGAGAAAUUCAAGCCUUAUCUUGAAGCAGCUGCCCCGGCUGCAGUGGAUGCCUUUUUCUUUCAAGGCGACAGAGGUCGCAACGAAACCUUCCCCUCCUUUAUCGCGGCUAAAGAACUUGCAAGACAAGAGGUGGAGAACUUGUCGGGAGAACGAGUGCCCGACAAAAUCGCUGGCCGGAUUUUGUUGAAGCAGGCGAAUCUGACAGAGAGCCAGCGAGAAAACAUGGCGAUCAAGCACAACGCCCUCCUGAGCUUCGAGGACGUGGCGAGGGCACUGAGGCCUUUGGACCGGCCGGAUGCCCUCCUGAAGCCGAUGGCCUCAUCUUCCUUGUUGAUGAAGGACCGACGAACCAGCCAGUACUAUGUGGAGGAGGAGUUCGACGAGCCCUCAGAGCCCCUCCUCUACUUUGAGGCCGACCGGGAGUUCGAUGAGGAAGAGGCCUUGUAUAUAUGGGCGUACAACGAUGCGUACCAGCAGCUGUCCCAAGAGUUUGGGGCCCACGACCCAACCAGUUUCCCCGCUUACCAGGACGUGCGCCGAGAACUACAAGCGCGGCGGAAGGGCAGACAAUUCUUCUGUCCUCGGGAACAGAAAGGAGCGUCCAAAGGAAAGGGGCGUGGCAAGUCGCCCUGGUCUUCCAAAGGCUCUUCCAAAGGCCGUGGGAAGAAAGGAGGAGCUGGAAAGGGGAAAGGCCGUGGAAACCGUGGGACGGCCGAGGAGUUGCUAGCGCGGACGCGAUGCUAUGGUUGUGGCGAGCUGGGGCACUUUAGCCGUGACUGUCCCAAUGCCACGGCCAACGCUGCGGAGAAUCGGGCGAGCUUUGUGGUUAGCCAAGGCCAGGGAGCUCUGAACCGCACCUUCAUGACUGCAGGUACCUUUGCUUUGCCGGCCACUGUGAGUGUCUUCGCAGGAGUCAGAACCCAGGCGGGCCAAGGGCUCGUCGACAGCGCCGGUGCCUUUAGCCGGCUACGAGCUCUUCUUGAACAACAGGGACUACGACCCGUCGCAGUCCGAGGACCAACGGGUUCUUGUGCUGGCAUCGGCGGUUCGGCCACGGUGGCAAGUGUCUGGGAUGUGCCAAUUGGGGUGGCUCGCACGAACGGCCUUCUGCGAGUCACCGAAGUAAAGGACGCGGAAGGGUUUGAGACGCCCUUCUUGAUUCCAGUUUCCUUCCAGGAGUUGGUCGGCAUGGUCAUUGACUAUGACAAAGAGGAAGUCCGAACGAGACAAGGCCAUACUACCCCGAUGAUGCGGUUGCCAUCCGGCCACCGAGCAGUUUCAGUUGUGGAGUUCAAUGGCAGCUGGCGGUUACCCAAGGAGCUGCAGCAGAGCGGAAAGGCUGCCUGGUCCGGUGACGUACAACAUUUCGGGGUGACGUACAACAUUUCGGACACUUUGGAUGACGCUAGCGCAGUCUACGACUUUGAGGGUGUUUUCUCUUCAGUUUCGGGAGGUGAGAGUGUGCAGCAGUCUGUUGUUUUGCAAGCCGAUGAGCGUGUGCAGCCUGCUGUUUCGCAAUUUGCACCAUCAAAGUCGUCGUCCGGAGAUGCAUGGCAGUCUGUGAGAACACGCAGUCGGGACAUGUUUGCACGCAUUCAGGCGAGCAUGAAGCAAGAAGUGCCACGUCGUUCGGUUCAUUUCAUGACGUGGGCCCGAGACCGUAUGAAGCCCAGCUCCAUGUUCGCCGGCUUUGUGUCGUUGUGUCUCCUCUCUUCGAGCUAUGCAUCAACGGGUGCAAGAGCUUGUCCGCGGCGAGCAGGAAACUCAGCUGGGCCGCGGCAACCGUCGUCGAGGAGCUGCAUGGUGCCUUCGAACCUGGCAGAGGCUGGUGGGCAUCAUUGUCAGGAUGAUUGCGACGAGAUGGUCUUGGAUGCCAUCCUGACAGAGCCUCCUUCGUCUACGGCGGCAUCCUCAAGCGGCCCUCCUCCGAAAGCUCGAACUUCGAAGCGACAGCAACCGGUUCGCCAAGGCCUUGGGCGACCUUUUUCGCGAAGCCAGACCCAAGGCAAGUUCCCAAAGGAGCCGGAGGACUGCAGCCACCACCACGAGCAACUUCGUAUGAGGGGCAAUCAAGCUAUGCACUGGUGGGUGUGCCUUGACUGCGGCGGCCGUUGGGAGCGAACCGAGGCCAUCAUGGUGGCAGGGCAAGGAGCUCUUCCCGAUCAAGUGCGGCCUGUGUACCGGGCCACCGAUCCUCCUCAGCUACUACCAUUUCGGAGGUCACGGUCGAACCUGGGCAUGAUCACCUUGGAGCAAGCAACUGCUGCCCCGCCGAAAGCAAACCACCCCAAGGCAGCACCAGGUGUUCGGUUCAGCCCAGGAUCAAGAGCUACAACGGCGGGGCCCGCGAACUACCGCAAGGAGGCGAUCCGCCAGAAGUUCAAAGCCCAAGUAUCGAAUGCGACCGUCGACUACCCGGACCAGAUGUUCAGCCACGAGCCGGAGUACCAGAUGGAAGGACCGGGACGGGCGCCCGCCGGACAGUCAAGUUCGAUGGAGGCCCUGCGUGUGUACGACCCGUCAGCGCCAGUCAAGGAUCUGGACCGUGUGGACACCCGGCAGUUGACGAGUCGAGCCCCGAACGAGUGGGCCGACUACCACGAGCAGAGCCUUCGUUCGAAAGGACCGACGGGAACGAGUUCGACAGCGACGGCGACCAACGAGACCCGUUCUCGAAGCCUUCCGGCGGGAGUCCAUCCCAUCCAGAACAGGGCUCGUCGUCGGCAAGUCCACGAACCACAGGAGGCUCCGGAGCUCUUUGCGAUCUUCGACGACCAGGAGCCAGCGACAGUCACGUCAAGCACGACAAGCACUACGAGCACUACGAUCUUCACCAUGUUGACCGAUGCGCCUCCUGAGGCUGGCAUCGUACAGGGUGAGAGUGGUGCAUUUUCUUUUCAGUUUGUACUUUUUCGAGUGCCGAACCAGAAGCACAGCGACUUCUACCUCGGCAACUUCUUUUGUCGUAUCGUCUACUAUGCCCUGGGUGUUGCCAUCCACGACCAGCAUUCAGGAUCGAGCUGGGACACCUUUGUCUCCGUAGCCAAGAUUCAAGAGGACGCGGGCAGGCUGUAUGCCUUGGUCUGCGUGCCGAAGGCCGUGUCAGGUCUGCAAAACCAACUCAAGGACACCACCGCCGUUGAGAUGUCCCUGGUGGACAAGGGCCCGCGCCUCUACGUGCUUGUCAACGAUCAGACUUUGGCGCGGAUCUGCUCGUCGGUGUCCUGGAAGGGGUCUUCGUGGGCCACGUCUGAUUCCGAGGAUUUGGAUUUGUGUGUUCGGACCUUUCUGCAAAGCUUAUGCUAUGCCAGAACUUUGGACAACAUGCCACACCCGUCGACUGCUGACGUUGCCCAGGCUGCCAACAAGCAUCGGCCAGCCUUUGAUGGUCUCCUUUCGGCCGUUCGGGCCCAGACAGCCUUCCUCGCGAGCACCACAGUUGCCUUUCCCUCUUUCGGGGAGGAUGAGGUUAUGGAGUUGGAGCCAACUGUGGCACCGGAAGAUGAUGAAGUUUUUCGCGAGGUACAGCAUGCUUUGCAACCUUCCAGGCAGCAAGUGGUCGAGGCCAUGAAGAAAGUUGAUGAUUUCAGGAACCUCAACCAUCCUGCGAAGGAGGUGUUCAUCCGUGCGAUGAAACACUCCGGAGCUCGUGCUGAUGUGAUACAGUGGAUAAAAGAGGCCGGCGCAUCUCGCGAAGGGUACCUGCAAGUCAUUCAAUGUGCAGAUGCCCGAGCAAUCACGGUGAGACAAGCUUUGAGCCGAGCCUGGAUUGCUCCCUUUGGUGUUCCAGAAGUGCUCAUCUGUGACCAAGGACCAGAGUUUGCCGGAGAACAGUUUGUGGAAUUCAUGUCACAGAUGGGUGCGGCCAUCCAUUACACUGAUGGGUCCACGCCUUGGAAAAACGGCAGGGCGGAGAGAGCGGUCGGGACGGUCAAGAACAAGUUGAAGGUUGUUUUGCAGGAAACGUCUGCUACGGCGGAGGAACUGGACUUGGUGGUGGCCCAAGUUGUUUCUGCACAUAAUAGCCUUUACGACCGCCAUGGGUUUUCCCCAGAUCAGCGUCUGUUCGGACUUUCGCUUCGGCUUCCUGGCUCGCUACUGGCCGAUGAUCGUUGGGACCAAGACAUGGUCAAGGCCUCAGCUGGAGACUUGGUGCAACGGAGUUGGGCCAUUCGCGAAGCCGCGAGAGCAGCGUGGAUUAAGGAGGAUGAUGUGGUUUCAGUGCGCCGAGCGUCGGCCGCCCAAACGAGGAAGUCCGAGCUCCACGCCUUCAGCUUCUAUCCAGGACAAUGGGCGUAUGUGUGGAGGAGAAAUGACAAUCGUCAUGGAUGGGUUGGUCCAGGAGCCCUCAUUGCGGUCACUCCGGGUGGCAACUCUUGGUGGAUCAACAUGCGUGGCCGUUUGUGGAAGGUGGCCACCUUGGAGGAAGAGUUGGGCGCAGCUCUAGCUCUGGAGCUGCACAAGGACCUGCUGCAACAAGUCCGAGAGGGCGUUCGCGCAGGGUACGAGGACGUCACCGUCGAAGGCCCACCUGACCGCUUUGUGGAAGAGAUCUUCCCGGAAGUGUUUGGGGAGGAUGUACCAGAGGAACUUGAAGAAGGCGAUGGACGUCCUCUGUCUGGAACAGCCACGCUGCGACUACUACUGCCUCCGGACGGGAUCAACUACCUCUUCCAGCUCCUGCGACGGCCUCUUCGUCACCACUGCCACAGCUCCCAGCUGCAGAACGUGAUCUACUACCUCCAGUGGAGCCGUUGUCCACCCGAUGCGGGAGCAGGGCAAAGGCGAGCCAUUCAGGUUGACGAGGGAUCGCAUGAGCCUCUGCUACUGGGGCCUAGCCGUGAACGUCACGGGCCCUACACGCGGUCCCCGUACUACUACUCCAAGCUGAUGGACCUCGAGGAGAAGAUCAAGCCUUCAACCUACCUGUCGGUGACGGACUUCGAGGACAAUGGGGCCUACGACAAGCAGAACUUCAUGGCGUACGCAGGUCCGAAGUGGGUCAACCAGAACACUUCGGGACGCACCCAGCUGGAACCACUGAAGCCUAAAGAAACCUUCCACGCCGAGGAGUCUGAGGCGAGCUACUGCCCACGGGACAAGUGCCUGUACUUGGCCAAAGCUAAGGUUUCCUUCGGCCAGGUGGAGUACUCCAAGCUGGUUGGAAAGGCCGUUCGGGUGUUGACUGUUGAGGAGUCGGAGAAGUUUAUGCGGGAGCACCCGGACCACGUGCUGAAGUCUCGCUUUGUGGACCGUUCACGGCGCCUGCUGGUAAUGGAGUUUAUCGAUGGCUGCAAGAUUAUCAAUGCUCCGACGUUCUUUGAUGACUGGGACUAUGCCCGCGACGUUCCAGCUUUGCAUGCGGCGCUGGAGACUUGGCACGCCAUGCAGCUCUUCCUCACAGGAUGCUUUCAUGGUGAUCCGCAUCCGGGCAAUGUCUUGGUAAGGCGUCGGGCGGAUGCAGUGCCGGCGGGGCAGUACCUUGUGCAGGCAGGGGUCGGCAUACAGAUGGCCACGAUACACACCGCUGCGUACGAGCUACUGCCAUGUGGUUUGCGACAGGUCGUCGUCAUUGACCAUGGGGGCUAUUACACAUUGGAUGAUGAUACCAGGAAGAAGUAUGCAGAAGUGUGGAGCAUGAUGGAUGAACCGAAGAACGAUGCACAGAAGACAGCCAGACGUGCACGCCUUAAGGCAAUCAUGGACGGUUGGGGUGUCGGGCACACCUCGCGUUUUGUCAUCGAGCAGAUGUUUAAUGGUUCCUUCGGUGCAGCAGAUCCGACGGCCUCCAUUACGGAGAACGGUGAGGCCCGGCGGCACCGCUGGAAUUGGAUGCACCAAAAAACCGACGACCUGGGGCCUCCCAUCUUCGAGGACACGGCCAAGAUGCCGCCGGCACUCAUGAAAGCCUUCGGUGUGGGGAAUUUCACACGAAAUGCUUGGACCGUUCUCUCGAAGGGCCGAAAGGAGCUGCGUGGUUGGGACUUCUGCAAAGUCCGCGUUGCCAUCAUGAUCGAUUGGGCCAGGAAGUGUCCAGGAACACACCGUGCACCGUGA